UGACGGUAGACUUCGAUUACGCAGCGCUUUAUUCCAGGGCGUUUGCGGGACUGUCACGGCUUUCCGCAUUCAAGACUCACCCUGGGCGGAUAAGUGCGGACGGACAUCAGCGGACAAUGGGCGUCGUUUCAGGAAGGUACCGCAAGUGCUCUCGGGUUAAGGACUCUGAUGACGGAAACUGAGCAAAGAUCGCAUGGAUCAUAAGAGCUCGGUUCUUGAAGGAAAGCAAAGUGAGCAGUCUUUCAAAGCUUGGUAGAUAAAGGCAGUCUCGGACCGCCCGGGUUAGAAUUAGCAAGCACACAGUUCUCUUCUCUGUCCAUAUCCACUGACUAUUCGACUCGACCUUCACGCAUCUCGAAUCAAUUGCACUCUACAAGCAUGGCACCUGCAGCAAUAUCGCCUCCCGGCUCCCCAGUGCCCUCCACCACUUCCUCCUCGGACUUCGCCUCAUACCGCGGGUAUCACCAUGUCCACUGGUAUGUCGGCAACGCCAAGCAAGCUGCUUCCUUUUACGUUGCCCGUAUGGGUUUCGAGCGCGUCGCAUACCGCGGGCUGGAGACUGGUUCCCGUGCAACCGCGUCCCAUGUCGUGCGCAACGGCAACGUUACCUUCAUCCUAACCUCACCACUUCGAUGCCUUGAGCAGAGGGACCGUUUCACCGAGGCAGAGGCAAGGCAACUUAGAGAAAUUCACGAGCACCAAGAACGCCAUGGCGAUGCUGUCAAGGAUGUUGCCUUCGAGGUUGACAAUGUCGAUGCCAUCUACAAUGCUGCUGUUUCCGCUGGUGGUGUUUCGAUUGCGGAGCCACAUGAUGUUACCGACUCUUACGGCACCGUUCGCCUUGCCACUAUCCGCACCUACGGCGACACAACACAUACUUUGAUUCAGAAGAACACAUACAACGGCAUCUUCCUGCCCGGAUACCGCCCAGAAGUCAAGGCUGCUGACUCCCUAAACCGCUUCCUCCCUGCCGUCACACUCGAGGCCAUCGAUCACUGCGUCGGCAACCAGGACUGGGAUGAGAUGGAGGACGCAUGUGACUAUUAUGAGAAGGUGCUCGGCUUCCACCGCUUCUGGAGUGUAGAUGACAAGGACAUCUGCACAGAGUACUCCGCGCUGAAGUCCAUCGUCAUGUCCUCGCCCAACGAAGUCGUCAAGAUGCCAAUCAACGAGCCCGCUAAGGGCAAGAAGCAGUCGCAGAUCGAGGAAUACGUCGACUUUUACGGCGGUCCAGGUGUCCAACACAUUGCGCUGCGCACAAACAACAUCAUCAACGCCAUCACAAACCUAAAGGCACGAGGCGUCGAGUUCAUCAAGGUCCCGGAGACAUACUAUGACAGCAUGAAGAUGCGUCUCAAGAAGGCCGGGCUCACGCUGAACGAGGACUUCGAGACACUGAAGAGCUUGGACAUCCUGAUCGACUUCGACGAAGGCGGCUACCUGCUGCAGCUCUUCACGAAGCACUUGAUGGAUAGGCCGACGGUGUUUGUCGAGAUCAUCCAGCGCAACAACUUCAGUGGUUUCGGAGCUGGCAACUUCAAGUCGCUGUUCGAGGCCAUCGAGAGGGAGCAGGAGCUUCGUGGUAACCUGGUUUGAGCGAGCUAAUGGUAAUGAUUAUCUGGAAAAUGGCUUAGCUAGGCAUUGGUGGCGUUUUGGGAUACUAUACCAACAUAGCAAUGUGUACUUCUUCUUCAUAUGAUAAUCAUACUCGCGUUUCUGGUAAUGACAAUAUUGGAGGUGCU